AUGAUUGAAUUCAUUCUGCUUGGACUCUCUUCGGAACCCAGUCUGCAGCUCAUUUUUUUCCUCAUCUUCCUGACUAUCUACUUGGCUACACUGUCUGGAAACCUUCUUCUCAUUGCAGCAGUGAAAGUCGAAAGACGGCUACACAGCUCAAUGUAUUUAUUUCUCGCUACGCUGUCUUUUGCAGAUAUUUGUUACACCUCCAUCAUUGUCCCCAGAAUGCUUAUGGAUUUCCUGGUUACAAGGAAAAGUAUUUCGCAUACAAGUUGUAUGGUACAGAUUUUUUCUUUCCUUUUCCUAGGAGAAAGUGAAUGCGUCCUUUUGGCAUUUAUGGCAUACGAUCGAUAUGUAGCGAUCUGUAAUCCCCUUCGCUACAACAUGAUUAUGAGCAUUCCAUUGUGUGGUCGGAUGAUAGGUACUGCAUGGUUAAUGGGUGGUGUUAUAUCUUCAGUUGACCUUCUCUUCGUCUAUCGGUUAACAUUCUGUGGCCCCAACAUCAUAGAUCACUUCUUCUGUGAGGCUACAGCCUUGAUACAACUAACCUGCAGUGAUAUCUCCGAUCUUAAUAUUGUUAUAUUAGCAGGGGAUUCUUUAAUUCUUCUUAUUCCAGUUGUUCUUGUUUUGUUUUCUUACAUCCAGAUUAUUGCUUGUAUUGUAAAAAUACGCUCUGGGUGGUCCAAAUCAUUUUCCACGUGUUUCUCACACCUGGUUGUUGUGGUAUUUUUCUAUGGGACAGCCAUAUUUACGUACGUGCGACCGAGGCAUUCAGGGACAGACAAAUUAGAUAAAAUUGUGUCAAUGUUUUACACAAUAAUCACCCCGAUGUUGAACCCUUUGAUUUAUAGUCUGAGAAAUAAAGAUGUACAACAAGCUUUAAGAAAGGUGGCCACAAAACACUUUCCAACCAAUCACAGGCAUUCGUGCAGGGGAGGGUGCAUUAGCACAGCUGUGUUGCUUUAUCCCAUAACAGUGGCGUCAUCACGCACCCACACGUGA